GAAACCCGUUAUCCUCUUAGAUCUCAACGUAGAAGGAAAGAUAAUUCCAAUGCCACAGCUACUUACUGGUUACUGUUUGGAAGAUUGUCAGGCGCCUUGGUGACUGGAACACAGGUCGAACGG